CGACCAUCGCAUGUCAUGACAAAGCCAAAUUUAUGAUAGCCAGGGUGGAGAUACCUCGCAUUAUGCAUUUAUUAUGGCGACAUCGCUGUGCCUCCAUUCUGGUCAAACGAUCUUCCUAUUAAACAAGCCUGCCGUCGCGGGUUUUCUUUAGUCCUCGGUUUCUUGUCUCAAGCUUAAGAGUCAACAACCAUUUACCUGAGCGACCAUGACUGUUUCAGCUAAAGGACAUAUUAGGAUUGAGUAUAUGCCCGACUAUGAUCAAUACCUAGCCCGCGUCAAGCGCCGGAAAGAAACAGAGAAGCUCGAGCAGCACCUUCCCAAGGGGUUUCCACCCCGUCUAUCUGGCGAUCUUGUUUGGGGAGGCAAGGAUUUGGUGGAUCAUUACAACUGGAAUUAUUACCUGACUGCCGCAGACCUCGGCGAGAUUGAGCAGGCUCUUCAACACUUUAAAGCACUCGGGAAGCCAAUGGGCGAGCUCACACCAGAGACUUUCCCAUUGCCCAAGUUGAAUGCUGUGUUGCGCGAAAUUUCUAACGAAGUUCACAACGGUCACGGUUUCAAAAUCGUUCGUGGUCUUCCAGUGGACUCUUACACCCGUGAGGACACCGUCAUUAUAUAUGCCGGUCUUUCAUCCCACGUGGCGCCGAUUCGUGGUCGCCAGGACAACAAAUGGCAAGGAAAACCGGCUGAUGUUCUUGUUGCUCAUGUCAAGGACCUGAGUCGCUCUUGUAGGUCUGAGGACAUACCCGGACCAGUGGUAACUGCGGAGAAGCAGGUUUUUCACACCGACUCUGGUGAUGUUAUUGCUUUGUUGUGCCUUGGCGAAAGUGAAUCGGGCGGAGAGAGCUACCUUGCCAGUACCUGCCAUGUCUAUAAUACUCUAGCAGAGACGCGUCCUGAUCUGAUCAAAACUCUCUCCGAACCUUGGCCAUUUGAUGACUUUGCCCCGACUGGUGAUCAGUAUAAGCUGCGGCCGCUACUGUACUACCAGCCUGCUACCGAUUCCGAACCGGAGCGACUUAUCAUUCAAUACUCGCGGAGAAACCUGACUGGUUAUUGGGAUUGCAAGCGGUCGGCAAACAUCCCACCAUUGAGCGAUGCGCAGGCAGAGGCUCUUGAUGCCAUCCAUUUCACCGCCGAGAAACACGCUAUUUCGCUGGACUUCCACAAAGGCGAUAUUCAGUUUGUCAAUAAUUUGAGCAUUUUACACGCGAGAGGAGCAUUUACAGACUCAAUAAAGAAGCAACGCCACCUCCUCCGACUUUGGCUGCGCGAUCCCGAGCAUGAAUGGACGAAGCCUAAGGACCUACAGGAGCGAUUCGAUCGGGUUUAUGCGGGUGUGACAGUUGACAAUUCGGUAUUCCCGCUAGAAGCCACCAUUCGCAGUAGAAAUGUGGCUACUUGAAUCGGUUAUAUGAGUGCAUCUCAUACAAUAUAACAAGAGAGCAGUUUGGCACUCCCGAAUAUUCUGCCAUGGAGUCCGACAGCAGCAUUGCUACUAGUAAUGUUGAUAGUAGCUCUAGAGUGUACGUAGAAACAUACUUUCCUAUUGGACUUCAAGGUUACUUCAUUGAAACCGCCAUUUUAGGUAGUCCUGGUGAAAG